GGGUGAAGUUUUUUUUGGCAGGAAAAGGAUAGAGAGUAAAAACAGACCUAACUGGUCAGUGACACACACUAUCCACUCUGUCAGUGGCUGCCUAAGAGGCUCUGAUGACGACUGCUGGAACUGCAGGUAGGAUGAAUUCCCCUGUGCUGGCGCUGUGGGUGUUGGGAGUACUGCAAGCCCUGCAUGGGUUGCCAGACACUACGCUUUGGGACAACUCUCCCCCCUGUUCCUUGGGCUGCACCUGUCUGAAUGAUGACUACAGAUCAGAGCUCAGUGUGCACUGCAGCGCUCGUAACCUCACACAUCUUCCCUCUGACAUACCAUCUGCCACACACUCGUUAUGGCUGGACAGCAACCGUUUCACCACCCUUCCUGCUUCUCCCUUCAAGCACCUGAGCACUCUGGACUUCUUGAACCUGCAGAGCGGUCAGCUAUCCUCUGUUGACGCACAGGUCUUUCAAGGACUGCAUUCUUUAGCUCACCUUUAUCUGGAACGCAACCGUCUGCAAUCCCUCCCAUCCACAGUCUUCAAAAACACGCCCAAGCUUUCCUCCCUCAGCCUGAACAACAACCACCUGUUGCGCAUAGAGGAAAAGCUGUUCACUGGCCUCUCGAAUAUGUGGCUCCUUAACCUGGGCUGGAACUCACUAGUAGUGCUGCCUGAAAACUGUUUUCAGGACCUACACGGCCUUCGGGAGCUGGUGCUAGCUGGAAAUAGGCUUGCUUAUCUGCAGCCAUCACUCUUCCAGGGCCUAUCUCAGCUCAAAGAAUUGGAUCUUACAGGAAAUGACCUGAAGGUUAUCAAGGCUAAUGUUUUCCUAAAGCUACCAAAGCUUCAGAAGCUCUAUUUGGCCCAGAACCAGAUUGUUACAUUGGCACCCAAAGCUUUCAUAGAUGUGAAGUCUCUGCGCUGGUUGGACCUCUCCAACAAUCGACUCUGUGGGCUUCAUGAAGACACCUUUCUGGGUCUUCACAGCCUCCUAGUGCUGAGGCUGUCCAACAACUCUAUCAGCAGCCUACGGCCCAGGACUUUCCGCGAACUCCAUUUCCUCGAAGAGCUACGUCUAAGCAAAAACAAAAUCAAAGUUCUUGGGGACAGGAUCUUUGAGGGACUGGGUCACCUUGAGAUGCUGGAGUUGAAAGACAACCAGGUGCAGGAAGCAUACAUAGGUACCUUUGUGGGUCUGUCUGAUCUGGCUGUGAUCAACCUGUCUGGCAACUGUUUCCUGACCCUACCAGACAAGAUUUUUAAAGGACUGUCCCAGCUCCACAGUCUCCACCUGGACAGAGGCUGCCUCACCAAAAUCACCCGCCUGGCUUUUGUUGGUCUGACAGGGAUGCGCCGCCUCUUCUUGCAGCACAACAACAUCUCUGUGGUGGAGCACCAGAGCUUCAUGGAACUCCAAGGCCUACAGCAGCUUGACCUCAGGUUCAACAAACUGCUAUCUCUGUUCUCCUAUACCUUCUAUGGCCUGAAAAAACUUGACUACCUGCUGCUGUCUGGCAACCAGCUCCAGCAGCUCCCCAAAGAGGUGCUCCUGCCGCUGAAGCACCUCUCCUGGCUGGACCUGUCUGGGAACAGCCUGGAGUGUCUCCAAAAUGGCACCAUGCAGCUGUUGCCCAGACUGAGCUACCUCAACCUGAAAGACAAUUUGCUCAGUAGCAUCCCUCCAGAGAUCCCAGACAGCCUGGAUCAGCUGUGGUUGACGGGCAACCGAUGGAACUGUGACUGCAACAUCCUCCCGCUCAAGGCCUACAGUCUCAGCAGGCCACAGGUGGUGCCUCGGCAGGUGGAGACUUUGGUGGUGGGAGAGGAGCCCUACAUGGUAGUUCAUGUCAACAACAACAUCACCUGCAGCAGCCCACCCAGCCUGGCUGGAAUUGACCUAAGGGAUGUGAGUGGUAAACUUUUCCAAAACUGCUGAGUCCUUUUGGUCAGAGUUGGAAGGGAACUGGUAGAGAUGCAGGUGAAGGAUGGUGCGGUAGAGAAAACAUUGUUCCCAUUGAACUGGUUCUACUUUGUUACUGACGUUGUUCUAGCUCUAGCAGAUAUUGCUGAAAAAGACUGGAAGGUGAGAGGGGAAAAUGUGAUUCCCUAUGCAUAUCUGUUGUGGGGUACAUAUUUAAAUUAGGUUUUUGUAAUCGCCCCUUCUUUCCACAUUGUAAUAUUGCUUGGUCCAGAUCAGAAGAUAUGGCAACAUGUUCAUAUAUUAGUUAAGUGGUCUCCCUUUUGCUUUAAAAAGUGGUGAUGGCAUGGUUUCUCAAAUACUGAACUUAACAACAUAGUACACAAGUGACUCAUAACCUCACCCUUUGCAUUUAAGUUUCUGUUGCCAAGAUAAUUAGGUGAAUAUAAAUUUCCUGUGAUCUCUCCUGGGUCUCACUUAAAGUGUAGCUCCUGGAACAAGGCUAUAUAAAGACAACUCUGAAGUGCACUUGUCUGGGCUUUUAAAUUUAAAAACUAUUCUUAGGAUGUAACGGACUACGUCAACAUAAAGCCAAUGUGAAAGCACAUCAAAUGCAAUGACCAGGUCAGGUGGUUGGUUGAUGUCGGUGAUUCACUGCAUCAUGAAUAUAUUAAAUUUGGCUGCAUUUAGGUACACAAAUAUAGAACAUGAAUAAUGGUUUUAUACAUGUUUAGUACAUAAAGUCCACUAAAGUUCAGCUAAUUUGACACAAAUGCCAGACUGUUUUUUUCCCUGAUUUUCUGAGAUCUGCAGGAACCAAUGGUAUACUGUGGAUUACGUUUAUAAUACACCCACUGCUCAGUCAAACCCAACAGGACCAUGUAUUUAGAAACCCAGUCACUUCCUUGAAAACAUUCAGGCAUGGCAAUUUUAUAAGAUUUAUUACAUUCGCGAGUGAGGGGACAUUCAUAUUUUGGAACGGGGGGGACAGUUUCUCUGUAAUGUUUAUGAAACAAUUCUACCUCGUCCUGUGAGCUGGUACAUCAUUUGCAUAAUUAGGGAGUGAAUUUGUUUUUAGUCGCGUUUUUAUUUGCCGUGAAAUGUGUUUGGGUAGUGUGAGCCUGAAAGCAAGCAUCUCACGCCAAAAGUGCCUGAAAUAUCAAAUAAUUCACUGCUUUGCUAAAGCUUUCAAUUUGUGCACCAGCUCAUAUUUUCAGCUUGUCCCAUUUUCAGACCAAUUUCAGUGGUUUGGUAAACAUGUGACAAAAUAAACUGCUUUUGCUGACAAAAUA